AUGUUUUAUAACCACCAGAACCACCACCAGAACCACCACCACACCCACAAUCGCAGCCUUUCUUCUCCACUCCGCCAACCUCCCACCACUCCAACCAUUCAUGCGCACAAUAAUUGUGAGCCUCAAGAGUACCGUUCCAACACCAACACCAACAACUUACUCAAUCUUAGUAUCAGCUCGCUUACAUCCAAUUCAGAGUCUGGAGAUGAUGAAUACAUGAUGAAUCAUCAUGAUUUGACGAGUUCUGGUAGUCGUAAUGGUGGUGGUAACUCCUCAUCACCCCUCCUCCAAGGUACCCAUUCACUUCAAACUUAUCCCCAUUCUACACCUCAUGAAGACCAACGCACACUUGAGAAUGGCAUUUCAUUUCAUGAGGGAGAACAAUGUAUGACUAAUUUUAAUGCAAAAUACAUCUCACCUGGAAGUGAUGAUGAUCCAUCCAAUUUAACGAGCAGUAGCAGCAACAAUAGAGAUUGUGUCGAUUAUUUCAGGUGCAAACGAUUGAAAUUGAAGCAGGUAUCAGCCAAUAUCAAGUUUAAGGAAAUAUUUGAAAUGGUGAAACAAAUACCACCUCCCAUGACUCUUACUUUGAGUUUAACUCCAAAGGAUAUUUAUCAAUACAUUCCUGAUCCACCAAGAUUCAAAACAGAACCUCAAUCAGGUCUUCAUCCCAAACAUGUUGAUGUGAACAAGUACAAUCAAAUUCGAAUGAAUGAUGAAAAAACAAGAUUCAAAUUAUUUGUUCCUUCGAAAUACAUGCCACAUUUACCACCAUUAAAACGAUUUGAUCAAUUCUUACCAACAGAAACUUUGAAUAGACCUGAAGAUUUAUAUAGUGCUGCACCAUUGAAUAUUCAAAAGAUUGUAUUGGAGAAUAUAAGAGUGAAAACAGAGAAAUUUCAUCAAAGAAUUUCCUCCUUUCAAUAUUGCUGUGUUCUGGUUAUGAGAAAUAUGUAUCUCGAUUCUCUUGUGGGUAUCAAAUUACCUCUUCUCAGAGUAUUGGAUGUACGAUUCAAUCUCAUUGCAUCAUGUGAACAAAUGACACCCAUGUUGAAAGAAUCACCAUUUCUUGAACAUUUAGUGGUGAUGGACAAUCCAUUAGAAAAGAUUCCAAGUUAUAGACAAAUUCUCAUUGGAAAUUGUCCAAGGAUUAUUUCAUUCAAUGGACAAACUGUUUUAUUUGGAGAAAAGGAACUUUGUAAUGAUUUGUAUGGAAGUGCAACAAGUAAGAGCACAUUUUCAUUUCUAAGAUGGGAUGAAAGAAUGAACAACUUGUGUGAAUCCUUACAAUUAGAAUCAUGGCAACCUGAGAGUAUUACAGUAUUGUCUCUAUCCAAUGCUAAACUUUCAGAAAUACAUGUUGGAAGUAUGAUUAAUUUAUGUAAAUUAGAUGUAUCAAAUAAUCAAUUGAAAACAAUUGUUGGUUGUGGAUUAGAGAGAUUGGACAAGUUGAAAGAGUUCAAUGUAAAUUUCAAUCACCUCUCCAAUGAAUUGGAAUUGAAUGUAUUGACCUAUAUUCCAUCGUUGAGAUAUUUAUGGAUUUGUGAAAAUCCAUUUCAAAAGUCUACCACCACUCCUUCAAAUCAAUCCUCUGAUGAAAACUCGUCUGAAGAUUCGGAUCGAAUUUGGUACUAUGUGGUUUAUCUCACGAUUAAUUUAAAAGGAGAUAAUCGAACUGUUGGGUUAUUAGAAUUAGAUGAUACCAUCAUUACCAUAGAUCAUCGAUUGAAGGCCAUCAAGAUGUAUUCUCCAUCCGUUACAGAUGAUGAUUUGAGAAGAUUGAGAUGGAAUUAUAAUCUCAUUAAUCAUUAUGGACAUCAUCAAUUGAGAAAAUUAUGUAAUGGUCAAUUCAUGUCCAUUGUAACCAAACUUGUGUUAUCAGAUUGUCAUUUAACAUUUGCAGAUUUGAAUUAUUUUGUAUCUCUUGAAUAUGUCGAUUUACAUGGAAAUAAUUUAUUGAAAAUUGUUGGAUUAGAGAAAUUGAAGAAUUUAAGAUUUAUUGAUGUUUCAGGAAAUCCAAAACUAAAUAGAGAUGAAAUCACUCCUGCACUUGGAAAGUUAUCCUCUCUCAUUCAUGUUUCAUUGGCAACCGAUUUGACUCAAGUUGUACAAUUUCAUGCCUAUGGAGUGAGUAGUAAUCGAGAAGGUCAAUGUUUGAAUCAAUCCUUAAAUAGUUCUUCUCUGAGUCUGAUUGGUGAUUCUCAGCAUCAACGCUCCAACAGCAAUGUCAGUAAUGAAUUGAUUCAUUCCUCAUCUCCUCACAAGAUGGAAUCUUCACCAGUAGCCUCUUCUGCUCUCAAUUCAUCAUCCUUAAUUUUGAAUCCUCACUAUUACAAUUCUAGCACUGAAUUUGUGAGAAGAUUUUCCAUUCUAAAAAUACUUUUAGAUAAGAAUGACAAAUUACUUGUAUUAGAUAAUAUUAGAAUUGAUGUUGUAGAGAGAUCUCGAGUGAUUAAGGAAUUACGUGAUUUAUCUGAAAUUGAAGAACUCAAAUAUAGAUAUCAUUUGAGUAUCAUUUUACAAGUGGUGACCAAUCCAUUCACUGAUAAGGUGAAACUAUCUUAUAGAGAUAUUGUUCCUGGUAAAUUAUAUGAUCCUCAAAGAAUUACAAAAUUAUAUUUACGAGAUUGUGGAUUGAAAGAUGUUGGAACUGAUUUAUCUCCAUUCAUUAAUUUGACUCUAUUAGAUUUAUCUCAUAAUAUGAUUAAUAAUAUAUUAGAUAUUGGAUUACAAAAAUGUUGUGCAAUGAAAUAUUUAGAUUUAGGAUAUAAUAAUAUUUCUAACAAGCUCGUAGAUAUUGUGAAUCUCAUUAAUAGAAUGACUGAUUUGGAAAUGAUCUCUAUUCAUGGAAAUCUAGAAAUUGAAAAGCACAAGAAUUACAAACUAAAGAUUUUGAAAGAGUUGAAUUUAACAGAUUUUGAUGUCAAUCCCAAAUUGGUCAUCUUUAACACUAAAAUUACAAGUCAAGAACGACAAAUGAUUUGGGAAGAAAAAGCAUCACGUUCCUCAUCACCAAUGGACAUGUCUAUGGAAGCAAGAUUACAACGAAUGAUUGAUGAAAAAGGAUACAAUAAGAAAGAUCCACUCUCAAUCACUGAAAUUAAUUUGAAUGAAUCUGGUAUUAAUGUGUUGGGAGAUUUUCUCUCCAAAGUACCUCGUGUUGAAAAGUUAUUACUGCGUGGAAAUCAAUUCUGUGAAAGAUUAUCUAAAUCAUGUGGUGGAAUUUUAUCAUUGAGAUAUUUGAGAGUACUUGAUGUGAGAAAUAACAAAUUAACAGAUUUGGAGGAUUUAAUUUUCAUUGUGAAUCAAAAUAUAUAUUUGGAAUGUUUAGGUGUUUAUUCUCCACCUGAUGAGAAUGAUGAUGCAAAUUAUCCAAAAAUGUCAGAACAACAAGUCAGACAAGCCAUCAUCUCUCGAACACCUCGAUUGGCAAAUAUUUACUGCCCAUUUUGGGAAAUUGAUGAAAAAGAAAUUACUAUUGAUGAAAUCAUGAACUAUUGGCCACUCCCAGAGACAGACAAAAAUGUUGUUGUUCCUACUCAACAACAUUCGAACAAGAAACUCUUUAGAUUUCAACAUUGUCUAUUUCGAAAAUAUAUUCAAGCCAUUCAAGAAUUUGAUCUAUCUCGAAUCAACAUUCAAUCUCAUACAAUUGUUUCAUUAGAUUUAUCGAAUUCCAAAUUAGAACAUGUAGAUUUUACUGACUUUGUGAAUUUAAAGAAACUAUCACUACGUAAUAAUCUCAUUAAUGAUCAUGCAUUCAAUAGUAGUGGUCUCUAUCACACUCCUAUUGAACAAUUAGAUCUUCAACAUAAUUGUAUUGAACAUUUAGAAACAAUCUCUAAAUUUAUUGAUGAAAAGAUGAAUACUCUCAAUCAACUCUAUUUAAUUUAUAAUCCAUGUCUCAAAAAGAAAGAUGGUCCUCUCAUCACUCAAAUCAUGUCACCAGCUCAAUUGAAUGUUUCAUUGAAUGAUAUGGAACAAGUUCUAUUAGUGAAUCCAUCCAUUGUCGAAUGUUCUAAUGAAUACAUCUCAUCAAGAAGAAGAUUAAUUUCAUUAUUGAAAUCAUCUAGAAAUCCAAAAUGGUCAUUUGUAUUGGAUGGACUGUAUGUGAGUGUGAGUGAGAGAUGUGAAUCCAUUUCCAAACAAGUCACUAGACAUGAAUUAGAAACCAUUCGAUUAGAGUUAAUUCUCAAUGAAUCUAAAUAUAUACAUGCCAAUACCACAACAAGUAUUACUUUAAAUUUCAAAGGAUUGAUUUUAUUGAACUUUGAAAUCUUGACGAAAUUUCAAAACUUGAUUCAUUUGGAUUUGAGAGGAAAUUCUAUUAAACAAUUGGAUCGAAGACUAUUCAAAAGUUUAAGAAAAUUACACUAUUUGGAUUUGAGAGAUAAUGAUCUAUCCACAAGUGAACAAGAAGGUGUUUUGAAUGUCAUUGGAGAGUGUCAUUCUCUCAGAGUAUUAUAUUUACAACGAUGUGGUAGAAACAUGUUUUUGGAUCCCUUCGAGUAUCAUGUUCGAGUAUUUUCAACACUUCGAUUAUUGGUGAGUGUGGAUGAUGUCAUGAAUCCAUUUCCUCUCUCAAAAUCUCAAUUAUUAGCCAUUCAAUAUUUGGAGAAUCAAUAUCAACUCUCACCCAAUGCAUUGGCAGAUGUGGUGAUUGAGAUGCCCAUUGAAAAUCACUCACAGUUUUGGACCAUCUUGUUGGCAUUGAGUUGUCUUGUGACCUUGUAUGAUUCCAAGAAUAAGACAAUCGAUUCGACGAAUACAAUGAAUAACAACAACAACAACAACAACAACACCACCACGACAUCAGGUAUUACACAGGUCCUGCUACCUGGUACGACGACCACCUCUGGUACGACUACUACUACUACUACUACUACUGGUGGUGGUGGCGGUAGUGGUAGUGCAAUGACGAGUAUUUCACCACAACAAGUCAAGAUGAACAAUCCUGUCCUUACUAGUGCCAACACCACCAUUCUUCCUCGUAUCAACAACACUACGAGUAUCAGUGGUAGUAGUAGUAAUAGUAGUAAUAGCAGUACCACCACCUCGAUUCGACCACCACCACUACGACCACCUCAGCAACAACAAUUACCACACAAUCACACACCAGAUUCCAAUCUUCAUGAACCCUCUCCUCAUUUAUCACCACAAAUUCCCAAUACUCAUUCCAAUGCUCUUGCUAAUACUUCACAAUUUGAUUUAAUUGGUCCAAAAUCUAUUCAUUUCUCUUCCAUUCACAUUCCAAUACAAGAUUAUAGAUUUCUAUUAUUGAGUCAUGUGAGAACAUUGGAACAAGUGGAUGGAUGUCAAGUGCAUUCCAAUGAAAAGAUUCAUGUCAGUGUUGAGAUUUCAAAAUUGAGAGAUUUAAUUGAUCAAAAAUAUUCAUCUUUGGAUACUUCACUCUCAAUGAUUAGACCUGUAUUAACCUAUUCAACAGUUAAGAAGAGUAUUCUUGCACAGAUCAAGAAAGAAGCAACAACCAUGUAUCAUGUCUCUCAAACUCGUACAACAGCACUCCAUGAAGACGAUCGUCUUGUAAAGGGUCACUCGACAAUCAAUGGUGUUGGUGGUAGUGUUGGUGGUGUUCAUUUCUCAUCGUCUCAAUCAACUGUUGUUGUUUCAGAUCCGUUACAUUCUCAUGCUGAUCCAUUAGCACGACCACCUUCUGUUCGAAUUGAUGUUCCCCAAAGUAUUGAUGCUCCACCAACCCUCAUGACUUGUAAUCUCCAAAAAGCAACCACUCUUCUCACCACUGAUAAGAGAUCUCAUCUCUUUUUAAAUGAUCCUUAUGAUCCUCUUGUUCCAUUUAAAUUUAUUCAAGAUAAUUUUGAUAACAUUUCUAUUAUUCAAUACUAUAGACAAUUAUUGAAUAUUAGAAAUCAAAUGGGUGAUUUAUUUGAAGGAUUUUUAAAUAGAAUUGAAAUGAUAAUAUUUUCAUUACAAUUAUUUGCAAUAUGUUUCUCAUUUACAAUACCAUGGCCACAAUAUUUUACAAUGGUUGCCAAAUGGUUGGUUUUGAGUGUUGGAAGUAUAGAUUUGUUAUGGAAUACUUUUCAUGUGAAUAAUUAUUAUUUUAAAUAUUCUAUGGAAAUGCUGUUGCCAUUACUAUUUUUAGUAAUAUUUUUAUGGAAUCCAUCUUUUGAUCGAUUGAAGGUAUUAUUUGUAAAGAAAUUGGGAUGGACUUUGUUGUCAAGUAUUUUGAUCAUGAUGACUCUUGUGAUUAUUGGAACAUUUCUAUCAUUGGCAGUAUUUCCGUUAUCCUAUAAUAACAUUCUACAAGGUAAAGCACCCACCCCAAUCGAUGUAUGGAUUGUAUUGGGUGUUACUCUCUUUAUUGUGAUCAUGUUAUUCUUGUUCUUCAUGAUCUAUAUGAUAUUAUUUAGAUGGAACUAUCAAAAUUAUUCAUUCUUUUAUUCAUAUUUACUUAAAUCUAGACAACGUGUACUCUUUUUACUCUUUUUAUUCUUUUAUUUUAUUGCAUUGAGAGAUAUUUUUGCUUCAUUUGAAUGUCAACAAGAUGUCAUUUCAAUUGCAAAUAUGAAGUAUAAGAGUACAUGGAUUGAUUAUUAUGAACAAUAUAAUCGUCAUCAAUGGUCCACCAAUGGUACAACAACAUCAUUGAUCCAUCCUAAUAAUAAUGGUCAUCAUGAUCUCCCCAUUAAUACCAUACUCAAUACUUUCACCACCUUCUCAAGUCAUAGAUUGACUACUUUAAGUAAUUUAUCUACUUCUUCUUUCAAUAACAACACACUUCGAAUCUAUCCAGAUGAAACAUGUCCACUCUCAUUCUAUAAUCCACUUUUAUAUCCCAUCAUGUAUUGGGCAUCAUUGGGUUUUGGUAUUUUGUAUUGUCUAUUGAUUCCACUCUUAUUCACAAUUUUAAUUCAUAGAAAUUCAAAGAAAAUUAUUCAUUCUCUCAAACAAGACGAAUGGUUGUUGCAUUUAAAAAAGAUUCAAUAUUUCAGUAAGAAAGAAGAAUCAAGUGUUGUACCACCACCACCAUCGAGCAAUGAUCAUCCAACAACAAGUCCUUCAAUUCCAUCAUCUGAAGAGGAUCCAAAGAGAAUGGUAAAUCAUUCAACUACUACUAUUCCUCCCAAUACUACCAAUCCCCCUCCUCCUCCUCCUAAUAAUAAUAAUAUCACUACUACAACCACCAUUCAAGACUCCAUUUCAAAAGAAGAACGUAAACUCUUAUUGAAAUCCAUUCACAAAGAUGAACGUUUACUAGACAGAAAAUAUGUGAAAAUGGUGAGACAAGAAGGUACAUUGGGAGUGAGUGUAUGGUUUGAAUUUUUUAAAUGUAAGAAUUUUCAACCACAUGGUGGUCCAAAAAGAAUCCUUCCAUUCCAUAGACAAGAAUCAAAUAAGAGUGACAAUCAUGCUGAUCGACGUUGUGUCAUCAUUCCAUUGCAUUUCCUAUGGAGAUUCAUCUCUCAUGUCAUGUCUUCGAUUCAACAUGUAUUUCGAUAUCAACAUGUCAUUUACAUGUUUGAGAGAAUUGUAUUGUGUGUCAUUUGUUCAUUCCUCAAUACUCAUACUCUCAUUCAAGCACCAAUUGCAAGUGGAUUAUUAUUCUUAAUGGGAUUGUAUUGUUUGGUAAUGAGACCCUAUGCGGAAUGGAGUGAUUCCUUGUCAAGUAGUUUGAUUCAUUUUCUUUUAACAUUUAAUUUAUUAUUUGGUUAUUACUUGUUGAGAAUGAAUGAUCUGAGUAGUGUGUAUGGAAAUUCUUGGAUACUCUCUGAACAAACUCAAAGUAUUGUCUUGUAUGUGGUGAAUGGAGUGGGUUUAUGCAGUGUAUGUGUUCUUGUAUUCAUGACUCCACUCUUGAGAAAGUAUAUUUGGAAGAGAAGGAAUUUGAAUCAUGGAACUAGUAGUAGUAUUAAUUCAUUGAAUUCAUCUUCUCAUCACUUGUCUCGACAAAUUUCACAACAUGGACGUCGAUUAACCACCACAGGUCUUCAACCAUCAACACUUUCAAACACCAAUGAAAAGAGACUGUCCAAGAGAUUAAAGGCAACAUUUGCAGCACCUAAUCAACAAGAUGCUGAAAUGAAAGAUUACGCUUAUGAGAAUAGUUAUUUUGACAUGCUGCAGGAUGAGAAGAGUUUUGAAACAAAUUUCAACUACUCAGGAAAAGAUGAAGAAAUUAUUGAAAUUGAAUUGCAAUCUCCAAGAUCAAAUGUGUUGCAAUCUCCAAGAGUAGUGAGAGAUUCCAAUGUUUAA